AUAUAACCACAACAUUGAUCAAAAUGGGACUAUUUGUAUUUUCCAAACUUUUUUUAUCCAAAUGGAUGCUGGAUAGCUCGGAUUGGUUUUAAAAUGAAGCUAGAAGUCGAUAGAGUCCGAUUUUUAAAUAUCUGAGUUACUGAUUUUUGACAGUCAUCAGAAGCAGGAAAUUCUAAGAAGACAGUGAGUAUACAGGCGGACAUUACGUGAAAAAAAGAAAAUCGAUUUUGCAUCGAUCCAGAUAGUAAUAAAUAUACUUCGACACAUGCUCUAUCUGAUGGCAUAAAAGGUUUUGUUACAAAGGUUAAGUAGCGUAGAAGAACCGCUGAUCAAAAAUACAAAAAAAAACGAUUUUGAGAUAUAAUGACAUUAUUGUUAUGAUACAGAUUCUAUGGCUAAAACUGUCAUACCUUUUUGCUCAACCAUCGCUGAAAAUUGGAAGACGUCAAAUAUUUACUAGAAAUGUUUGUUCUACAAACUGGCGUCAUUGAAGUCGUUUUGGACUAGGCAUUUUACUGGAAUAUUAGAAUUUCAGAAAAAACAGUUUUUUAGAAAACUUCUUCCGAACCCUUUGAUGGUGGCAAAAAAGUAUGCGUUCUAAGAGACUAUGUAGGAUUAUCUAAUUAUGUACUUAGCUCAACAUUGAUUCUUUAUGAAAAAAUCUAUAUUUCUGACAGGAGGAAGUUCAAAGGAUGCAAAAUUUAUAAAUAGCAGAGAAAAAUGAUAUAUGCUCUUCAUUUUUAGCACUUGUUUUUUCUUAUUUAGGCUUUACUUUGAGACUAAAGAUAAAGCUGGCUACGAUUUACAGACUCAAAAAUUACAAAUUGAAGCUGUGCAAAAAGCGAUUUAUCAUGCUAAACGAAUGUAUCGAACAGCCUUAAAUAAUUUAGAACAGAUAUCAGAAGAAAUACAUCUUAAACGAAAAAAUCGAAGAUUAGAUUUACCACCACGUGAACCCGGUGUUGGUUCAGAAAAUCCUGAUGAUGACAACUUUCAACCAAUAGAAAUACCUGACUUAGAAUCUCAGUCAAAUACUGUGACCUCAGGUAGGUUAGAUAUGAAGCAUGCUGCUGAGAACAGAUUUAUGUAGAGAACACCUUGGAGUAUCUAAGCAUGUAAGAAGAAAAAUUUUCAUUUAACUUUAGCAGGUUUAAAAAAGAUGAAAUAUUAAAAAUUUAAAAGUCUUAAAUUUUCAACUUUUUUUAAAGUC